AUGGCGGCGCCCAUGGAUACAUCCGGUUGAUGAGAUAAACACAAAAAUUAUAAAUAUUUUCAUUUGUUUUCUUACCAUUCGAGAUGAAUACUGAUCGCAAACGUCGAUCCAGAGUUCAAGGUGGUUGGGCUGCACCAACAAAUGUCAGAUCUGACAGAAACAAAUCUCAAGUUCCUCAAGCUCCAGCUUGGACUGGUAAAAAUGUUGAUCAAGUCCAACAUACUGAAAAGAAAUUUAUGUUCCAAGAAUCUGAAGAGGAUGUCAGAGAGAAGCCAGUUGAAAAGGUUAUAACGAAAGCUGGUGUAUGUGAUCUAAGUACAGAACCAUCAGGAGUAUCAAGGAUAAGAUUCUUUCCAAAUUUCCUGGAUCCUGCUGAGGCUGAUACAAUUUACAAUGACUUGUAUCAUGAAGUUCCUUGGCGACAAAGGUCUGAUUUUAAAAAUGGAGAGUCAUUCCUACAGCCACGACUAACAGCUUGGUACGGAGAUUUUCCUUAUUCUUACUCAGGUGUGAGACAUGAAGCAAAUGCAGAGUGGCAUUUGACCUUGAAGAUGUUAAAGGACAGAUUAGAGGAAGUAACAGGACUGACUUUCAAUUCAAUGUUAGCUAAUAUGUACCGUGAUGGACAUGAUUCAGUGGCUUGGCAUUCAGACGAUGAGCGGUCAUUAGGCCCUGAACCAACGAUAGCUUCUUUAUCCUUUGGUGAUAGCAGAAAUUUUGAGCUGAGAAAGAAACCUCCUAGUGGUUCAGAUGACUACACCUAUAUGCAACAUGCCAAAAUACCUUUGACUCAUGGUUCUUUGUUAAUAAUGGAAGGAGCAACACAGGCAGACUGGCAACAUAGAAUUCCUAGAGAAUAUCACGACAGAGGCCCAAGAAUUAAUUUGACAUACAGAGUUAUAAUCCCCGAAUGAAUAUUUGUAUUUACCAAUGUAAUUGUCAGUUUUUAAAAUGUGCUUUCAUUUUAUGUAAGGGCUAUUCCAGAAAAAAAUGUAGGGGGGUUGGAAGGCAUUUUUUGUCAGCGCCUGCCACCCAGACAAUUGUAAUUGAGAAUUAUAGUGCAUUAUAGUGUGAAAAGUUGUUCUGAUACCCAUCACCCGUGUAUUAUUAAUAUAAUGUGCCUUCCAACCCACCCCCC